UGAAUUCCUGGAAGAUAAUCUAUAAUGGAACCACAAAGGAAUUUCUAUAUGAUCACCUGCAACCUGGUAAUACAUAUAAACUGAGAGUCUUUUGUACUUCACCUAUAGGUCAAAGCCAGCUUUCAGAUAUACUGACUACUCAAACACCUAAUCUUUCUCCUGCAUCUUGCCAUCCUCCACCCUUGAAUGGUGCGGCAAAGACCAGAGAAAACAACAUCAAAUGUGACAAUCCUCCUACUAAUGGAAACUCGGAAGCAUUUGCAAAUGUCAAAAAGGCAGAAGGUAACCAAGAUGACAAACGAAGGCAUCCUGGCUCCAAAGUGAGAUGCACAUCUGGAUCUCAUUCAAUGAAGUGUGAAAGUGCACCAGUUCCAAGCCCUCCUUCUCAAUGUGGUACACCUGUGGUAACCUGCAAGGGUCCAACCUGCAUUGCUGUUAGUUGGGAGAUUCCUGUAUGUAAUGGUGCCGAAAUCACAGAUUACAGACUAGAGUGGGGAAAAACUGAAGAAUCGAUGCACUUGAUAUAUACUGGCCCUUGUCUGAGCUAUGAAGUUAAAGGUCUCAUUCCUGCAACUACAUAUUUUUGCAGAGUUCAGGUAAUCCUAACAGUUAUUUCAAUGUAAACAAGAGAACAGUUAUUAACCUAUGCUACCCACAUCCAUAAUACUGGCACCAUUUCCAGUGUAGUGAAUAGAAGGGAGUCACAGAAUUCCAAAUGUUAAAUAUUCCUCAUGUUCAGCAACAUCAUUCUGAGCUUCUUCAUCUGGCAUUUAAAGCCCCCCCAUAAUCUGGAACCUACUUUUAUUCCAACUUGAUCUGCCAUUAUCUUUUCU